GUGCGAUUAAAAGUUACUCCUUCUAAUUCGUUACUGAGACCAAUAUCACACAGGUCCUAAAACAAAAGAACAACAGAAAUUGAUCAAGUGCGAAAGUGAUUUUAGGUACAGAUUUUUAGUGUAAUCAUUGUCUACCAGUUUUCUCUUGAAUAUAAAGACAACCAGUGCCCAAAUUUUCUAAAAUUGUGUACCUACCAUGGCAGACACCUCCUCUUGUCCAUUGAUGACCAACACUGUUCCCACGGUUGUCUCAAAUGAAGAAAAUACAGUGUCCAUGGUAGAAGAAGCCAGUAACAGCAGCAUGACACCUGCAAUUAGGAGUCUUCUCUCCACCGCACAUUCAAGCGCGGAAGUUUUGGUCGGUCUCCUGCAGAUUUUAAUGGCAGAAUGUGGAUUGUAUCUUGCUGACAAAAUGGGACGUGAGAUACCUGAAGUAGGAAACAAUUUCAGAAGUGAACAGUUCUUUGAUUCAAGAAUUGUAAAAGAAUUGAAAUUGGAUUUUUCCAAAAAUAGUGAUGGAGUUUACACCAACAAGUACCUAUUACGAGGCUUCUCAGAGCCAUCAAUAGAGCUUUUAUGUGAUCCUCACAACCACAAUGUUCUUGUAACUGCUAUAAUCUCCUCUUUUAAAUGUGUGUUUUCAGUAGUCCUCAAAACACAAAAUUAUGUUAUCGAGACUUCAAAGAAUAAUUACAUACUUUUGAAUAUGAAGUCACUCUCUAUCAGAUUUAAAAAUGCCAUCGCUGUUCCUGUUCGUGCCUCAAUUUUAAACAAACAUGGCUUUCCAAAUCCUAGUCUGGAAGGUUUACCUGAUGAACUCCUACACCACAUUUGGAAAAAAAUACCUCAGCCGGAGUUUUUACCCCCUUUGCCAGGAGUUUCUGCAGUUUUCACUGCAGAUUGAGAGAAUCUCACUAGACUCUGACAGCAAAAAUCGAUUAGAGAGGGAUUCUUUACUUACAUUUCAAGUCUUCCUUUUCAUUGUUGGUACCCGUAGGAGAGAAUUUCGCCCUGUGGCACUAGAUGAAACUUGAAGAGCAUCAAUAUCCAUUUAAAGUGAUUGGUAUCUUCCAACAAACACCUAACAUUAAUUUUAUGUAUUAGAUCACAACAGAACAUGAAAAAUUGGUCUUAAGAAAUUAUUGUCUUGCAAAUUGGCCUUACACAUCAUCAGUUUAAAAUUAAUGAAAUAAUCAUUGAUUACUAUGUUUAAGCUCCUUCUUGGAUUUGUUUC